AUGUCCAGGUAUCGGAACUUUGAACGCUUCUUCUUGCAGAGAGUGUUCCCAUUCUUUCUUGCCAGCAAAGAAAUUUGGAUUCAGAUUGCCUUCGCGGUGUCGCUCUGGGUGUCAGGGACGAUCGUGCAAGAACUCCUUGGCGAAAGGCCUGGCAACUCCGGGUUGAUGGUGGCACCUGUCACGACGAUCAUCUUCCUUCUUCUGAAGAUGCUCCGACAGCAGCUGCCUUUGCAGUACAUCCGAAGAUUCUUCCAAGAGCAAGAGACGCAGCUGUACGUGAACAUUCGUCUCCGGGGGACCUCCGGCUCCACGUGGAUCACCGUGAAGCUGGCGGUCAUCAUGCUUGGCUGGGGCCACUGGAUAGGCUGCCUCAGCCUGGCAUUGGCGACUCUCGGCCCAGCCUCCAUCGGCCAUUUCCAGGCCAGUACCUUCGACCAGUUCUGGUUCAACAACCGCAUAGAGGAGGAGAACGAGCUGCCUUGGUGGGGAGAGUACCUGGCUGCCUACUACCGAGCCUUCAACCUCAACCUGGACGGAUCCUUGCCGCAGCGUGUCGAAGAGAUGGUUGCUGCCAUCCUGGUGAUCAUUGGGCUGUUGGUGAUGAAGUCCUAUGUGAUUGGCUCCUUCUUUAAGCUGCAGCAGUCGCAAAAGGCACUGGAAAUGGAAGUCUCCACCCUUAUGGACAAGGCUGAGCUAGUCUGCACAGCACUGGACUUACCACCCAGCAUCCGCAAGUCUAUUCGGCAGUACUGCCUCUUCCAGUGGUCCAAAGCGAGAGACGUCGGCAACAGAGAUGUGGUGCUGAAGACCUUCCAGCCAGAUCUCCAGAAGAAGACCAUGGAGCAGCUCUAUCUGCCCGUGAUCCAGGCCAAUGAGUGGCUGCUGAGUGGGGUGUCGGCCGAGUUCACACUCCAGCUGUGCAACCAACUCGAGCUGGUCAUGUUGCUUCCCUCCGAGAUGCUGUUCGUGGAGCACGACGCGCCACAGGACCUCAGCUUCUUGGACACCGGCACCUUGAUGCUUACGAGGCAGGAGCAGCUGAUUCGGUACGUGCGCAGCGACCGCCCCAACGAGACCACCGUGGUCGGCGAGGUGGCCUUUCUGCUCGACAUGCCGCACCUCUACUCGGUUCGCUCCCGUGCUGGCGUGGAAUCCAGUGUUCUGCGAGUGUCCAAGAAAGCUUUCGACCGACUCAUGCAGCACCUGGACACAGACCAGGAUCAGCUGAUGCAAAAUGCUGCGCAGUCCAUGCAGCUCACGCUCAGUGGGACGGACGCAAAGAGGGAGUACCUCACCGACGGCCAUGACGACACCGAGCUCUUUGUACAGAUGCGCGAGGCGGUGCGCUCCAAGCUCCUUAAGCGCACGAGCCACAUGAGUUCGGCCUUCAUCCGAGCUGCUGCCGAUGGCAACGUCGAGAUGGUGGAGCUGCUGCUCCGCAAGCGGGUGCAGGUAAACACCGCCAACUGCGAUGGUCGCACCGCUAUGCAUCUGGCUUCCUCGGAGGGCCGUGAGCAGGUCAUGAAGCUGCUCAUUGAAGCUGAGGGCAACGUUAACAUGCAGGAUCGGUGGAAGGGCUCGCCACUGAAAGAUGCGGUACUGGGGAAAUUCGGGGCCGUGACAGAGCUGCUGGUGGAGCAGCAGGCGGAUUUGAACUUGGACGACCCGGCGACGGCGCUGUGCGAUGCGGCAAGCAGUGGCAACCUGGUGGCUCUGAAGGAGCUAAUAGAGGUGAAGAUUAACCCCGACUCCGGGGACUACGACCUCCGCACGCCGCUCCACCUCGCCGCCUCGGAGGGUAAGCUGGAGGUCAUUAGCUUCCUUCUGGAGUCCAAGGCAAACCCCAACUUCAAAGACAGGUGGGGGGGCACUGCCUUGGAGGAUGCCAUUCAGAACAACCACACGGUUGUAGCGCAGCUGAUCUUCUCCAAGCGAGGGCAGCUUCGCCAGGAGCUAGCCGCCGGCUGGCUUUGCGAUGCAGCCUCGGCGGGGAACAUAGUCAAGCUGCAGCAGUUAGCGGAGAAUUCAGUGGAUGUCAACUUGGCUGACUACGAUAGCCGGACCGCCCUGCACCUGGCGGCCACCGAAGGGCAGCUGCUGGCAGUGAGCUUCCUCCUGGGAACUGCCAGAGCCAACAGCUCCCCUCAAGACCGGUGGCUCUCCACGCCGCUGCAGGAUGCAAUUCGUGCUGGCCACGUCCACUGUGCACGGCUGUUAGCCUUCGCGGGCGCCGCGCUCGGCGACAGCGCGACGGACGACGACCGCGACGAGCUACGCGAGCUUUACGCCGAAGACAUGGAGUCCAGUUCCGACUGGGGCCACAUCCAGGUCUUUCAAAGACGGAUGACGGAGUUACAGCAGCGCGUGGCGCGCCUGCUCAUGGCAGUGUUAAAGGGUCGGGCGAGGCCCGAGGUCUUCGAUGCGGAGGCAUCUGCCAGGUUCAAUCGGCAACUUAUUGGCGCGGUUUUGCGCCAGUGCCCCCAGAUUGCUGAGCAGAUGGUUGGCAUGUCCAGCCUUCUUCGCAAGCUCAACGCGACGGCCCUUGCGCCGAUGUCGUCGUUCCUGGCGCUGCUUCAGGACUGCAUCGAUUGCACGCAGCACAGCAAGUGGUGGGCCUGGCAUGACAAACAGGGGCAGGCGAGUCAGCGAGCCAGCAAGAGGCAAGACAAAGGUAGCAAGGAGGCAAAGUUGGACAAGUCCACGGGAAUGGUUACUAAGUUGAUGGUUUCGACCAUGGGCAUUUGCUCGAUCUUGGCGACCGCCUUGAGCAAAGCUUCGGCCUUGAUCCAAGAACGGAUCAACAAGCUCGUCGACGAUCGUCCUGUUGUAAACAUGUGGGAGGGAACGUUUCAGCAACCUUCGUGUUCGUGCCCUGAUCGGCCUGUGAAAGGCCGGGGACCUACCAUUGCCGUAAGGAACGCCUAUUCGAUAAACAGCUCACCGGCUCAAUCGACAUCCUCCACGUUGAAUGCCCGGAGGAAUCGCAAGAAGGGUGGCGCCCGAAGCGUGGACAUAACCGAAGACCCGCGGGAGUCCGGGAGUCAGCUCAGCAUCAUUUGCACGGAGGCCGUGUUUGAGGCGCUGGAAUGGGAAAUCGACUGGACCGCCCCAACCUCUGCGAACUAUGGGAUAAACGCCGGUCCGCUGAAGGCGAAGUUGGAAGAAUUGGCGGGCUCCAUGGUGAAUGCGCAGUCUGGGGCCAUCAUGGACGUCUUGGACUGCCUGACGCAGACGACAACGCAGGUCUGGCCACUGCCGAAGGCAGCCUGCGUGAACACUGCGUCAGAGGCGGUGCAGAAAGCACGGCGUGGUCUGAUACCGCGCAUCAACGCACCCCUGGCGAACGAGCUUGCGCUGCUUUCCAUUCUGGAUACUCGCCCUGAUGAGCUGGGAGCAUUACUGCAGACUGCCCCCAUGAACAUCGACGGUCACCCCAGCAACGAGAAGGCAGGACGUAGCGUCUUUGAUGCCCAGAGGUCGCCACAGAUCCGAAGGUGGUUGGAGGUUCUCCAGCGCAUGGACAUCUGCGUUCUGCGGAGCGGCAUGGAGCUGGCAACCGCGGAAGUCAAGGGGGAUAUUGCCAAAGCCCGAAAGGAGUUGUCGAAGCAGAACAAGGUGUCCAGAAAGCAAGGGAAGAAGUGGCUGGUUGGUGGACGUUUCGGCGCACAGAACAACCAGCCGGUCACGGUCGGAAGGAUCCUGACGAAGCAGCGCGACCUGCCGCCAGAGGACAUCUGUGCCAUCAUCGACAUCCAGGACCCCGAUGUGCAGACCAGCCAAGCGCUGAGCAGCGACGAGGAUGAGGAUGACGACAAGAAUAAGCAGGCGCCAGAGGAGGAGUGGGCACAGGAGGGAAGGUUCCUCGUUGUCUGGGGAUGGCAGUUGCGUUUCUCGAUCAUGCAGGAAGAUGUCCACAUCUUGCCUCACAAGCCCGUUUUUGGCUCCAUGGGGCCUCUGCGAUUCCAGCUCAACAUCCUGCAAUACAUCCUGGACUUCUCCAGCCUGCAGCAGGACACCAUCGAUGAGUCAGAGGAGCGCAGGAUGCGGGAGGAGCCUAGGCAGAUGUACCGUAACGAAGAGGAGAAGCAGAUGGAGAAAACUCUUGAGGACCGGGACGCCGGCUUGAAUGUCGAGAAGGUGCUGAUGAGUUCGGGCGAGACCAUCAGGCUGGAUAACAAGUACAUCAAGAGUAUGGAGGAGAUCAACAGCAACACCGACGGCUCCAGCGAAUUGCAUGAAAGCGACGGCACACCCGCGGGUAAGAUCAUUAGCUAUUUGACGCUAAAGCUGGAGCGAGGCAGCAACGAUGUAAAGUCACCCGCCUCGCACAUGGGUGGUGCAAGGAGCCAAAGGCAUCGCGAGCAGUCCAUGGACAGACCCAAGUUUGGUCGACUCGCCAGCUGCUGCAAUUGGGUUCUUCUCAACUUGGGCUGCCUCCGUGGUGGUGACCAUGGUAAUGACCGGAUGAAGCAACGGGUGGCCCGCAAGUUCCGUGAACUGGACGAGGAUGGUGAGGGAAUCUCCCUGGCAGACGUGGCCACGCUGCUGACCGACGUUCUCGGGCGCAAGCUGGACCGAGAUGCAAUGUUGCGACUAGCUGCCAACGUCUUCGACAACUCCGAGAAAUCGGAGCAAGACCUGCUGCAACUUGCAGAUGUCCUGAAAUCACUCGAGGCCGUGACGGCGGACUUCAACGCCUUGGUCAAACGUCGGGAGCAGCACAGCUCUGGGCAGACCGCCAAUGAUGGAGAGAUGUCCUGGGCCUGUGUUCAGCGACUGUCAGGCUUGGUUCUGUCGCCCGACAGCUUUUGGCUCAAGAUUUGGGACACCCUGCGGCGGCUCGUGAUCAUCUACAUCAUGCUCGAAGUCCCGAUGCGCUUUGCCAUAAGCAACGUGGACAUGUUGCCGGAGCCGAGCAGGACGAUUCUCCUAGUGGUCAACAUCUCCUUUGAUGCUUUCAUGUUUCUCAACAUGCUGCUGACCUUCAUGCGGGGAUAUGUCCAGAGCUCUGGCGUCACAGUCAUGGACUUUCAUCAAAUUCGCGUCCGUUACCUCUUGGGAGCCUUCAGCUGGGAUGUAUUCGCCUGCUUCCCAAUUGAUCUUCUGGUCGCAGGUUUCGAAGACUCACGGGAGUACGCGGCAUGGAGGUUGUUCAAGCUGCUUCACCUACGGCACUUCUUUGGGAAGGGGCGGGUGUCAGAGAGCUCUGGCGGCUUCCUCCUUACCACCUUCAAGAUCAUGCUGCAACUGUAUGUGUUGUUGCAUUUCAUGGCAUGCACCUUGUGGUACCUGGGAAACGGCUGGCCCUCGCAGCAGGGGUUUGACGAGCAGGCGAUGGAGGGUUAUGAUGGUCCGGGCUGGUUCCGAGUCUAUGAAGGCAUGACGCACUUGGAGGGUUCCAUCAAUCAACCUGAAGUACCUGUGCUGGAGCAAUAUGUGCUGUCACUUUAUGGCAUGAUGCUUAUCCUGACCAAUGACAGCACGGACUUGCUCAAUCCAUCCAGCUACUUCGAGCUCGGCUGGCUUCUGAUCUGCUUCAUCGUCUCCGUGGCCCUGAAUGGUCACAUUGAUGGCGCGCUGGUGGGCAAAGUCAUCUCGCAAGACGAGUCGAUUGUGGAGGCACGCGUGAUGCGAUCUCGCGUUGACACGUUCAUCUCGAACUCGGGCCUUCCACCCGAACUGGCCGAGCAGAUCCGUCUCAACACGGACUCUGCCUCCACGCAGGCCGGGGGCAGCGCACUAAAGGGCGACCGGACUGCCGACCAGCGGACGAUGGAAGCAGUCCUCACGAGCCUCUCGCGCGGCUUGCUGACGCGGAUCGGCCGAAGGGUCUUCCUCAAGUGGCUCCAGGGGGUGCCGCUCUUCAAAGGCUGCUCUGAGCUUCGGCAGGAGCCAUUUUUCUUGCAGCUGGCCACCACCUGUCGCCUCUGGACCUUCUCCGCGGGCGCGUUCGUUAGCAGAGCACCCUGCCACAUGAAGGUCGGCGAACCGGCCUCCUUCCUGGUGAUUCUGCGAUCGGGAUCCGUGCAGAUCCGCGACGUCAACAAUGACGAGGUUGACCGAGUGGAAGAGAAGGGCACGGCGUUCUGCGACAUCUCCUGCAUGUUUGGCCUGCGGCACAAGACGGCCAUCAUAUGCGAGGAAGAGACGCAGCUCAUAAAGCUACGCGCGGAGGACCUCAACUUUGCCAUGCAGCUGUUUUUGAAGGACCAGGUCAGGAUGCUGCCAGAGACUACCACCCUGGUGCAUGAUCAGGGCAACGAGCACGGCGGAGCAGCCAUAGCCAUGCCCAUGACCCUUCUCCAUGAUGAUGACUCGGAAGCACGCUCCGUGAGCACCAAGCGCAGCUUGUGCAUUCACGAUCUGAACCUGGAGGGUGUCGCAGAAGUCCGCAACAUGAUUCGGAAGCUGCAAGAGAAGAAAGCACAGCAGCGCGUCAACGACUUCAUCGAGUUCGCCGCUCAGGGCAAGUGGGAGUACAUGGAGACGAUGCUCAAGAACAACAAGGUCACGGUCGAUUCCGGGAACUGGGACUCACGCACGGCUCUUCACGUUGCAGUUUGUGAGGGCCACCUGCGCAUCGUGGAGAGGCUCGUGUCCGAGUGGAACGCUUCCCUCAGCGUGGAAGAUCGCUUCGGGAACACGCCCCUGGACGACGCCGUGCGUGAGAGGCGGUCGGAAGUCGCAGAGUUCCUGAUCGAGGCAAACGCUGAGUUUGAAGGGGGCAUUGCCGCGGCCGUGCAGCUUUGUGAAGCUGGUGCCAAUGGCGACACUCCACAGCUGGAGCUCCUGGUGGAGGUGAUUGGAGUCGAUCCGAACUUGGGGGACUACGACAACCGCACGGCCCUCCACUUGGCUGAAUCAAACGGCCAUUUGGAGACGAUCACGAAGAUGCUUGACUUCCCGUUCUUGGACCUCAGUCCACUGGACCGAUUCGGCCAGACACCUCUGGACGAUGCCAUCCGUCACGAGCACGUGGCCGUGCAGAAGCUUCUCCGCAGCGAGGGCGCGCAGAUGGGCAACGUUGAGUUUGGGGUCGCCCUUUGCGAGGAGAAGCUGCGUCAGAUGAUCGACGCCGGCGUCAAGGCUGGUAUGGCAGACUAUGAUUACCGAACUGCCCUUCACCUGUCAGCCUCCAAUGGCAAUCUGGAGGUGGUCUGCAGGGGCUCCCGGGCAGUUCGCACACCCGCUUUGAUCUGGAAUCCCGUGGUGAUGCUUUCAAUCGGAGAGACGUGUGCCUUCUUGCUUCGCGAGGGCAAGGUGGAUCCUAAUCCUCUUGACCGCUUUCUGCAUACACCCCUGGAUGACGCCGUGCGACACGGGCACAAGGCCAAGUGGAUAGAACGAAUCUUGCCAAAGCCGCAGGAUGUGGCGGAGCUGUUGAUCAAGUUCAAGGGCCGGCCUUCCAGCGACGAUGAGUACCUCAGCACAGUUCGCGAUGAGUUCCUGAAGCAGAUGGAAGAGGAAAAGGCGCGAAAAGAUACCGACAAGUUGGACAAGGAGCUGAAGACGCACAAGUUCUCAGAGGUUUUGGAGCGCCUUGCCAGGCUGCGGUCCGACCUCGAGGACGACGUGUAUCAGUUCAUGACGUCCGCCUCCAACGUCCGAUACGAGCUGUGCCGCAUCCUCCACAUGUCAAUGUUCCUGCAUGACGAGUCCAGUCGGACCCGGGCCGGUUGGGACAAGCUCACCCAACAGCUGGACCAUGGCAGCCUUACUACGCAGAAGCUCGCGGAUCUCUUGGAAAGAGACUUGCUUGAUAGCAGUGCCUCCCGGAUCUUGAAGAUCAUCUCCAGCGACGUCUUCCCAUGGCUCAACUCCGCUGGUGGCAACUUCCACACUCGCGGUUUAGUGUUGCUCCUCUUGCCCAACUUCUCAGACCACCUGUCGAAGUUGGUGGUGGCGCUGAACCAU